CAGCGAAAAAAAGAGAAAAAGAAGCUGUCACAGGAUAUAAACCUGAUGCUUCCUUCACCCCAAAUCAAGUCGACCAGGCUGACGGCACUCGACCCGACUUCAGAAAGUCUUUUCACCAUUGGGACCUGAUCAGAUCUGUGAGGAUGAACCUUGUGUUGCUCCUGCUGUGUUCAGGAUUUGUUCACUUUGCAGCUGCAGCUAAUCGUCUCCGACGGUUCUACCUUAAUGACAAAGUGCCACGCAGGUGGAAUGAUUCGUUAGAGAUAUGUAAAAAUCAUAGUAUGUCAUUAGUAACUCUGUACGAUGAGGAGGAUGCCAAGUCGCUUGAAGAAUUUAUAUCGGGAUAUAUUAAUAUCACUCAAUGUGAUGGAAUGAAAACCGUCUGGCUCGGUCUUGAAAGGAUUCGAGAGAACGUCACCACUUGGUCGAACAGCGAGCCUUAUACAUUCAAUCUAACAAAUGUCACUGUAACACCAGAGGAGCAAAGAUGUGGAGCUGUUGAAAAUAACAAAUAUACGGAUUUUGGCUGUAACAAGAGUUUCCAUUUCAUGUGCUACGAGGGAAAUAACUACCACCUGAUUGAUCAUAUGAAAAAGGACUGGUGUCAGGCACAGCAGUACUGCAGAAGACACUUCCGUGACUUAGUCAACAUCCACAAUGGAAACCAAAAAAGACAAGUGGUCGAGGAAGGACGAAACAAAAUCUUUUGGAUUGGACUCCUGCACGAUGAAUGGGAGUGGCAGGACGGGAGCUGCUCGACGUACAGAUCGUGGAAAAUCCUAGAAUCAUCAGAGAAUUGUGCAGCUCAGUAUGUCCCAUAUUCACAUGCGUUGUAUGGAUAUGAGUGUUCCAGUGAAGCAGGAACACUUUGCUCCAAAGGCAAUGUGAGGAUCGUGGUCGUCAGACAGAAUUUAACUUGGGAAAACGCUUUGGAUUACUGUCUCGCCAAUCACUCAGGCCUGCUGUGGAUUGAGGAUGAGGACGAUCAGAAGGAUGUUGUUGAAAUCUUAAAAACCCUCAACGUCGAGGGUCCUCUCUGGAUCGGCCUGAGGCAGAAUCCUGUCUUCGGGUUCUGGAUCUGGAGCGACAGGACGGUGACCUACAGCAACUGGGAGAACGACCGAACACCAGAGAUGCCCUCGUCUAGAAACUGCGGCGUCAUCAACGUGAACAACUCCAGGUGGCAGAAUGAAGACUGUUCGGACUUGCACCAAUUUCUUUGUGAGGAGGAGAUUUCUUUCAUUAACUAAUAGGAUAUAGUUAUAAAGCUUCUUGAUAAAUGAGACGUUUGUGACAGAUAGGUCGUGUUGAUGUGUGAAGAUGAUGGAGAUAAAAAACUUUCGAUUUUCCUUAAAUCCUCUGAUUUAUAAUUGUUAUAAAUCAUACUGUUCUACAGGUGAUUUAAUGAAGAGUUAUACAUUGAUGAAUUUGACAACUGAUUUAAAGCUGUUUAUAUCCUCUAUUGUUAUUAUUAUACUAUCAUUUCUACUGUUAGUAAUACUAACUAUCCAGGUUUGCUUCUUGAAGAGGAAAAAAGGAACAUUUUCAGGAUUUGAUACUUUUGUCGUCUCUGAGAUAAACUUAUUAUUUGGUGUCAAUUUGAUAUAUUUUGAUAUGUAUGUUAACUCCACCAAGGAGGUUAUGCUUUCACCUCUGUCCUUUGUCCAUUGUUUGACUCUUUGAUUACACAAACACAACUGGACAGAACAAUUAAACCUUUAUGAAGGAUGCACUCAAAGUAUAAUUCAUGUAUCUUGAAACAAAUCAGGAAAAUACAGGCGGCUGAUAUUUGUGAGUGUGUGACAUUGGGUGCAGAUCCAAACACAAUUUUUGGUAAUUGAAAUGUAGUUCCAUAAGAAGAGUGUUGGUGGAGGUAGAUGUUGUGUACUGACACUUACCCUCGUAGCACAUGAAAUGGAAACUCUUGUUACAGCCAAAAUCCGUAUAUUCGUUAUUUUCAACAGCUCCACAUCUUUGCUCCUCUGGUGUUACAGUGACAUUUGUUAGAUUGAAUGUAUAAGGGUCGCCGUUCGACCAAGUGGUGACGUUCUCUCGAAUCCUUUCAAGGCCGAGCCAGACGGUGCCAGGUUGAUGUGGUCUGAAGAAUUCGACAAGAGACUCGACAUCGUCCUCAUCGUACAGAGUUACAAAUGAGGAACUAUUAUUUUCACAAUAUCUCUAACGAAUCAUUCCAACAGCGUUCCACUCUGUCUGAGUAGAACCGUUGGAAACGACAAUAUUUCACUUAUCACUUAAGCAAGUUAUAAUGCAUUGAAUACAGUUAGUUACAGUAACUACACAACCACCUGCCCCACCUCUCAGAUGCACACGUAAUAAUAUUGCACAUCCAUGAAACUAAAUCCUGGUUAGGGUUGGAAAGCCUUACCUGAACACAGCAGGAGCAACACAAGGUUCAUCCUCACAGAUCUGAUCAGGUCCCAAUGGUGAAAAGACUGAAUUAAAAAGUGCAGAGAAAUAAAACAUCACAUUGUUAACAAGGGGAGGAAUCCUAAUCAGAGUAAUGACGUCAGGUUUAGAUCAUGAAAACAACUUGUUCUGAACUGUUACUCAUGCACAACCUUACUGCAUGUACUGGGUUUGAAAUAUAUAAUGUAAGUGAGCUAAUGCACAAGUGCUGUGGUGAAUUACAUUCUCUUUCUGCAUGUGAUUUUAGAAAGUCUCUUACCUGCUGAAGUCGUGUCGAGUGCUGUCAGCCUGGUCGAUUUGAUUUGGAGGAAGACAAGUAUCAGGUUUAUAUCCUGCGGCAGUUUCUUUUUUUCUUUUUUUUUGCUGUCAUCAGCUGCACUGAGGUCAGUUGAGAUGCACUUGUUUCCACAGAAGAUACAGCAUGCAAAUUCAAAUUUUUUCGGGUUAACGUUUUCCACCGUACAUAGAACUUUAAAGGUUAUAGACUUUUUCUACCUCAGCGGUUCAAGUCUUCUGAAUAUGGGGGGGGGGGGGGGCACUGGCCACAGCUCAGAUUCCUCUGCCCCCUAAAAAAGGAAUGAGCAUAAUAAUAAUAACAAAAAGUCACUUGGUUAUAAUACUAACAAUAAAUAUGACAAGUUGUUAAUA